UCCUAGCUGCAGAAUCUGUGAAGUGUCACCAGACCCGGAAGGCUAACCAGAAACAGGGACGGGGCAGGCCAAAAGCCUUGCGCUGAGCUGCAGGCAUGGCGCAGUACAAAGGCACCAUGCGGGAGGCUGGCCGAGCCAUGCACCUGAUCAAGAAGCGCGAGAAGCAGAAGGAGCAGAUGGAAGUGCUGAAGCAGCGCAUCGCAGAGGAGACCAUCAUGAAGUCAAAAGUGGACAAGAAGUUCUCGGCCCACUACGACGCCGUGGAGGCCGAGCUGAAGUCCAGCACGGUGGGCCUGGUGACCCUGAAUGACAUGAAGGCCAAGCAGGAGGCCCUGCUGAGGGAGCGGGAGAUGCAGCUGGCCAAGAGGGAGCAGCUGGAGCAGCGCCGGCUACAGCUGGAGAUCCUGCGCGAGAAGGAGCGAAGGCGCGAGCGCAAGCGCAAGAUCUCCAACCUGUCUUUCACGUUGGACGAGGAAGAAGACGGGGACCCAGAGGAUGGCCGCCGGGCCGAGGGGGCUGAGGCCCACAGUGGUGCGGCCAAGAAGAACUUGGGCAAGAACCCCGAUGUGGACACGAGCUUCCUGCCCGACCGCGAGCGCGAGGAGGAGGAGAACCGGCUGCGCGAGGAACUGCGGCAGGAGUGGGAGGCGAAGCGCGAGAAGGUGAAAGGCGAAGAGGUGGAAAUCACCUUCAGCUACUGGGAUGGCUCCGGCCACCGGCGCACCGUGCGCAUGCGCAAGGGCAGCACGGUGCAGCAGUUCCUGAAGCGGGCGCUGCAGGGGCUGCGCAGGGACUUCCGGGAGCUGCGGGCGGCGGGCGUGGAGCAGCUCAUGUACGUCAAGGAGGAUCUCAUCCUGCCGCACUACCACACCUUCUACGACUUCAUUGUAGCCAAAGCCCGGGGCAAGAGCGGGCCGCUCUUCAGCUUCGAUGUGCACGAUGAUGUGCGGUUGCUGAGCGAUGCCACGAUGGAGAAAGACGAGUCACACGCGGGCAAGGUGGUCCUGCGCAGCUGGUACGAGAAGAACAAGCACAUCUUCCCCGCCAGCCGCUGGGAGCCCUACGACCCCGAGAAGAAGUGGGACAGGUACACCAUCCGGUGAUGCUAAGUCCCAGUUUGGUGACCUUACUCUCUUACUACCGAAAAUCAAUAAAUGCAGAGAGAGGGUCCCCGGGAAUCGGAUGUGUUGGUUCUGUUGCUGGCAUUGUUCUUUGGUGGUUUUGUUUUGUUUUGUUUUGGAGACCGGGUUUGUCUGUGUAGCCCUGACCUCACUGUCCUGGAACUCACUCUGAAGACCAGGCUGGCCUCAAACUCAGAAAUCUGCCCGCCUCUGCCUCCCAAGUGCCCGGAUUGAAGGCGUGCGACACCACCACCCGGCUUCUUCGGUGUUUUUAUUGUUUCUGGUUGGGGUUCUUUUGUGCUCCAUGUGAUUAGGGACACAUUUUUCGACUAAGUGGGUUGUGCACAUUAACUUGGUGGGCCAGUAGACUGGGUUUGA